AUGGAGUUCUCCUCACCUGGAAGAGUUGUGACCCUGGUUGAAGAUGCUGAGGGCUGCGUGUGGGGCGUGGCCUACAGGCUGCCGGCCGGCAAGGAAGGAGAAGUGAAGUCCUACCUGGAUUUCCGGGAGAAGGGAGGCUACAGGACCAUCACGGUGAUCUUCUACCCCAAGGACGCGGCGCUGCAGCCCUUCGACGUGCUGCUGUACAUCGGCACCCGCGACAACCCCAACUACCUGGGCCCCGCCCCGCUGGAGGACAUCGCGCGGCAGAUCCUGGGCGCCGCCGGGCCCAGCGGCAGGAACACCGAGUAUCUCUUCGAGCUGGCCGACUCCGUCAGGAACCUGGCCCCCGAGGAUGGCGAUGAGCACCUCUUCUCCCUGGAGACGCUGGUCAAGGAGCUCCUGAGCGAGCACCAGAACCUCAACUGUCUAUAAAGUGCUUGGCAAGCCGGCUCUGCCUUGGGAGGAGAGGUUUUGUUGGGGGGGGGAGCAGGUUCCUCUGAUUCGUGCUGCGUUCAGAAUUAGGAAUUGGUUACUGCCAAAAUCAUUUCUUUCAGGAGGCCAGAAAAAAGCCAGCAAGGAGAGCGUUCUGGGCUUGAAUUGGGUAUGUGAGCUUUUCAUCCUCAAGACAGCCACUUCUCUUUACGUUUACUUAUUAUUUCAGGUUUGAAAUGAAUCCUUAGAAUAUUUUUGAGGUCAAAAUAAGCACAAAGAGACAAGUUCCAUAGAUUUAAGCGAUAGUCUGCUCUGGUUCCAGACCACAACUCAGGAAUUUCAAGUGGCUGGCCUAAAUUGUGUAGUAAAACAUUUAUAUCAACACUCAGCUCGUCUGAAAUUACGCCACUGAAUUCCUCAUCUCACCCUUUAUACAUUAAUUUAUCCCCUUAAGUGAUUUAAGUUCUGAUUCCAGACCACAAUUCAGGAAUUUCAAGUGGCUGGCCUAAAUUGUGUAGUAAAACAUUUAUACCAACAUUCAGCUCCUCUGAAAUGAAGUUACACCACUGAAUUUCUCAUCUCACCCUUUUUAUAUUAAUUUAUCCCAAGUUCCCUAGGUUUAAGUGAUUUAAGUUCUGAUUCCAGACCACAGUUCAGGAAUUUCAAGUGGCUGGCCUAAGUUGUAUAGUAUAGAACAUUUAUGCCAAGAUUCAGCUCCUCUGAAAUGAAGUUACACCACUGAAUUUCUCAUCUCACCCUUUUUAUAUUAAUUUAUCCCAAGUUCCCUAGGUUUAAGUGAUUUAAGUUCUGAUUCCAGACCACAGUUCAGGAAUUUCAAGUGGCUGGCCUAAGUUGUAUAGUAUAGAACAUUUAUGCCAAGAUUCAGCUCCUCUGAAAUGAAGUUACACCACUGAAUUUCUCAUCUCACCCUUUUUAUAUUAAUUUAUCCCAAGUUCCCUAGGUUUAAGUGAUUUAAGUUCUGAUUCCAGACCACAGUUCAGGAAUUUCAAGUGGCUGGCCUAAGUUGUAUAGUAUAGAACAUUUAUGCCAAGAUUCAGCUCCUCUGAAAUGAAGUUACACCACUGAAUUUCUCAUCUCACCCUUUUUAUAUUAAUUUAUCCCAAGUUCCCUAGGUUUAAGUGAUUUAAGUUCUGAUUCCAGACCACAGUUCAGGAAUUUCAAGUGGCUGGCCUAAGUUGUAUAGUAUAGAACAUUUAUGCCAAGAUUCAGCUCCUCUGAAAUGAAGUUACACCACUGAAUUUCUCAUCUCACCCUUUUUAUAUUAAUUUAUCCCAAGUUCCCCAGGUUUAAGUGAUUUAAGUUCUGAUUCCAGACCACAAUUCAGGAAUUUCAAGUGGCUGGCCUAAAUUGUGUAGUAAAACAUUUAUACCAACAUUCAGCUCCUCUGAAAUGAAGUUACACCACUGAAUUUCUCAUCUCACCCUUUUUAUAUUAAUUUAUCCCAAGUUCCCCAGGUUUAAGUGAUUUAAGUUCUGAUUCCAGACCACAAUUCAGGAAUUUCAAGUGGCUGGCCUAAAUUGUGUAGUAAAACAUUUAUACCAACAUUCAGCUCCUCUGAAAUGAAGUUACACCACUGAAUUUCUCAUCUCACCCUUUUUAUAUUAAUUUAUCCCAAGUUCCCCAGGUUUAAGUGAUUUAAGUUCUGAUUCCAGACCACAAUUCAGGAAUUUCAAGUGG